CUGCGCCGACUUGUUACACAAAUCGUUGAAAUAGACCGAUGAACCGUUUUUAUCCGGAUAUAAAUAUUUCCUUCAUUUUACCUCCGCAUAUGCGCAACAUUUUCUAGCCGGACCUCGACGGAGGAGAUCCAGCGUGUUACUUGAAGACAGUUUCAGGGCGUUUGAAGGGAACAUAUUGGGAUUGAAUUCCCUUGGCGAACGCCAGAUAUAUUUUCACCUUUCUUUAUUCGUUGUGAUCGGUUUUAUGACGGUUUUGAGAAGAGACGGGCCAUUGCCGUGGCAGCCAGGAAGUAUAGAAACUAUAAACUUUCAGAAGACUAUUAGACCUAUACAGGGGUUUAUGAAUUUCCCACAGUACAGUUACUCAUUUCAUACUGGGAGUGGACUUCACCGAAAACACAAAACAAGCAGUAGGAAUUGUACAGGGAACCGGUCAAAAUGGCCACAAUUAACAUCAACAGCGAGGUCACUGACCAAUUCUACCGCUAUAAGAUGCCUAGGCUCAUAGCCAAGGUUGAGGGUAAAGGGAAUGGGAUUAAAACUGUAAUUGUGAACAUGCCUGAAAUAGCAAAGGCAUUAUCAAGGCCACCAACAUAUCCAACGAAGUAUUUUGGAUGUGAAUUAGGAGCACAAACCAUGUUUGACUUUAAAAAUGAACGCUUCAUUGUCAAUGGUUCUCAUGAUCCCAGCAAGCUUCAGUCGCUUUUAGAUGGUUUCAUCAAACGUUUUGUACUGUGUCCUGAGUGUUCCAACCCAGAAACACAACUGACUGUAUUUGCAAAGAAAGGGACCAUUUCUCAACGCUGCAUUGCUUGUGGCUAUACAGGGAUGGUUGAUAUGCGGCACAAACUGACCACUUUCAUCCUGAAAAAUCCUCCAGAUCAGGAUCCAGCUGCUACUCCCACCAAGCAGACCAAGAAGGACAAGAAGAAUAAGAAGGCAGUGAAUGGAGAGAAGAAGGAUGAUAGAGCCAGUCCAGAGGCUAACGCUCAGGAACAGAUGGCUCAGCAGAGGGCCAGUGGGGGUGUGGUCGACGCUCCCCCUGUUGUGGAGACCAAUAAGGAUGAGAAUGAUGAUGAUUGGGGUGAGGAUUUCAGCGAAGAAGCAGUGAGAGAGAGGAUGCAGGAACUCAGUAUAGCCGCUAAACAGAUGGCCUUCACUGAUGACUUGGAGAAAACACAGGAAGAAAGGCUCAACAUGUUCUACAAGUUUGUUGAGUUGAAGCGUGAGACAUUUUCAACAGGAGGAGAUAAGGAAGUCGUGGCAGAGGCUGAGCGAUUAGAGAUCAAGGACAAGGCACCUCUGAUACUCGUAGAGGUCCUAUUGGAUGUGAAAAUCCUUCCACAGCUGAAGCAAUAUCGCAAUCUCUUCUUAAGGUUUUGCCAUGAAAAUCCUAAAGCUCAGAAGUACAUGUUGGGGGGUAUUGAACAGCUAGUAGGAAAUGUGCACAAAGAGGAAUUGCUGCCUAAAGUUCCUCACAUCCUCAAAGCUUUGUAUGAUCUUGAUAUUAUUGAUGAGGAAGUCUUAUUGGAGUGGGGCAAGAAGGCCUCCAAGAAAUAUGUUGACAAGAAAAUAUCAGCCGAGAUUCAUGAGAAGGCAGCUCCUUUCAUCAACUGGUUGAAGGAGGCAGAGGAGGAUGAUUCUGAAGAGGAGGAGGAGGAGGAAGACCAAGUGGAGGUGGUUUAUUCCAACUUUGAGAAAGUGGGUCAACAGGAAGCCCCCAAGCCAGCGGCCAAGGAAGAACCUUCCGAGGAAGACGAAGAAGACGAUUUGGAUAUCGAUGACAUCUAAGGAUGUUUUACUUGAAAGAUACACAUUUAGAUGUUUAUUGUACUCUGCUAUCUUUUAGGACUUUUUUUCAUUCCAUGAAAUAAAUUGAGCUUUGUGUGAUAGCUGAGAGAUCAGCAACUGCUGCAGACUCAUAUGACUCUUCAUAAAGUAUUUUCUAUUUACUUUUUUGUACUCACGGUUAAAGGGAGAUCAUUAGCUCUAUCUGACUAAAAACUAAUGUCAGGUUAAAUUUAACUAUUAUUUUUUGUCUUGCUUUCACUAUAUAAACACAGACAACAUUUUGACAACGUUUUAACACCAUUGCUUUCUUGUGAAUGUGUACAUUUAACGAUGCAAAAGGUUUGCAUUGGUUGAAAUAUUUGUAUCUGUUUGAUUCAUUUUAUGUUGUUGAUUAAUGAUUUUUAAGAAUGACAAAAUUGCUGAUUUAUACAAACAAAAAAAAAUUCACCAUAUUUAUUUCAUCAGUUUUAUAUGUAGCUGUACCGUCUGUGAAUUGCAGUGCUAAAUUUUUUUCUCAAGAUUUAAUUUUUUUCUGUUAGUACAUAAUUUUCUAUUUGUACAUGUAUAUACUUAGAAUAUUUGCCUCACAUCUUUAUACAUAAUCUUUUUCUUGCCGCAAAAUAUACAUAUUGAUGUGCUUAAGUGUGUCUGUAUUCUGCACUGUUAUUAACUGUUGUAUCUUGAUUUUAAAAUGAAAAAAUAUAUAUAUAGAAAUUGACUGCUAUUAAUAAAAUUGUAUUCUUGAUAA